GUAAAUAUCUCUAUCAGCAUAUUAUGCGUGUAUGCAUUGAUUGACCUAAUGCAUAUAAACACGCAUGGACGCAAGUACAAGGUCAGAGCCUAUACUUUAAUUAUAGUACGUAUUUUAUCAUAACAGCGCAUUAUCUUCUGGAAAAUAAUAGCUAAAUGCGGUUGGCAAGUGUCGGAGAAAGACGGAAGUAUUUUCAGCUGAUACGCAUGGCAAAUGGCAGGAAAACUACUGCACCUCAUAGAAUCGAUGUCGAGUUGUUGUCGGCGAAAUUUCAUUUGGUACAUACUCGUAACGAUUUAAAUAAUAUAAUUGUCAAUUACGAAUAGAUGGAACGUAAUAUUUGAAAGUGGCACAAGAGGAAUUAAGCGAAUUUAAAAGGCAGUUCAACAACCUCCGACAAUAUAAUUAAACGGUGGAAAGAUUAGCUUGAACCAGUUACUUCGUUUAUAAAAAGGUAAAAAUAAAUCUUUUUAGGUGCACUCUACACCAUCCUCAAAACAUCCAAUCAAGCAACAAACUACAGAAACUUCGAAAUACCUGUCACCGCUGUUUUAACGUCACAUUCUCCAAUGAAAUAAUAACCAAAAUAAUCGAUAGCAUGAGUAUAGAUAGCUCGAAUCCGAGCUGUUCAGGCGUGCCCACCUCCGUGGUGCUGCAGACACUGCCCCAAAUCGACGAAGAGGAUCCCAAGAGCAACAAACCGCCAAAGGAGCGACUGCUGGAGUUUCUGGACAUACUCGAAGGGCACGUAGAGCAAUUAAGAAAAAAUGCCAGCCAGCUGGAGGAGGACAAAGACGCCCUGCUGGUGGCGCUGGACUCGGUCAUCAACGCCGAUAUCCUCUACAACCUGCAGGACUGCGAUAGAGAUGAAGUCAACAGGUACACCGAGAGGAUCAUCAACAGAUGUCUAACGGUCGAGGUGAAGGUGCUCACGCAGCGGGACAAGAUGCAGGAGGACGCUCUCUAUCAGGUCAACCAUUUCAUCGACGGGCUGGUGAUGGUCAUGAAGACGGAUCCGGAGUCGGCUCAAGCGAGGUGUAUCAGUUUCAUGAAUGCUUGCUCAUCGAGCUUGGUGCACGGGGUUACAGACAAGAAUUUCGAAUCUGCGCUCCUUGGGUGCUCCCUGGACGAUCAGAAGAAAGUUAAGAGAAGACUGCAGGGAUUGUUGAAUUAUUUCGAGAAAAUGAAUGUUGUUCCUUAUCAUAACUAAAUAAUUACAGUUAAUAUUAAAUAAUACGAAGUUUAAAUUCCUUUUUUUGUAUACAUUCCUUUUUUGAAACUUUUUGAAUUUUGUGUGUUAUGUUUAUCUUAAAAUUGUUGGAUAAGGCGAAUGCUUGUUUAUAUUUAUAUUUAUGAAAGUUCUACAAUUAAAGAUUUUUUUAUAGCGAGUUGUUAAUAAAUUAGUGCAAAUUUAAUAAAAC